AGUAUCUCCACUCUCACCAAUCACAGACGAUAAGGGGCCAAUAUGGGAGUUGUUGAAAUGGCACAUGACGUCAGUUGUAGUACGCAGCCGCAGCGGAAAAAGUGACAAUGGUCCUGAUCAAGGAAUACCGUGUGGUCUUACCCUGUACUGUGGAGGAGUAUCAAGUGGGCCAGUUGUACUCUGUAGCAGUGGCCAGUAAGAAUGAGACAGGUGGAGGAGAGGGCAUUGAGGUCCUCAAGAAUGAACCCUAUGAGAAGGAUGGCGAGAAAGGACAGUACACACACAAAAUCUACCAUCUGAAGAGUAAAGUCCCUGCGUUUGUCAAGAUGAUUGCUCCUGAGGGCUCUCUGGUCUUCCAUGAAAAGGCCUGGAAUGCUUACCCUUACUGCCGAACCAUUGUAACGAAUGAGUAUAUGAAAGAUGACUUCAUCAUUAAGAUUGAGACAUGGCACAAACCUGACCUUGGCACAUUAGAAAAUGUGCACAAGCUGGACACGCCCAUAUGGAAGAGCGUGGAGGUGGUGCCCAUUGACAUUGCAGAUGGAGAACAAGUGGCCCCUGCUGACUACAAGGCAGAGGAGGAUCCUGCUCUGUUCAAGUCAGCUAAGACUGGUAGAGGGCCCCUGGGACCUAAUUGGAAGAAGGAGCUGGUUAGUAAGGCUGACUGCCCGAGGAUGUGUGCCUACAAACUGGUCACGGUCAAGUUCAAGUGGUGGGGCCUGCAGAACAAGGUGGAGAGCUUUAUUCACAAGCAAGAGAAGCGUAUCUUCACUAACUUCCAUCGCCAGCUGUUCUGUUGGAUCGACAAGUGGGUGGAGCUGACUAUGGAAGACAUCAGGCGGAUGGAGGCAGAGACACAAAAGGAGCUGGAGGAGCUUCGCAAACACGGUAGUGUACGGGGAACCAGUGCUGCCGAUGCUGAAUGAGACGGAGGAGGGUUUUGAACAACGACAGCGAUGAAGAGUGUAGGUGGUGAUGAUGAAGAAUGCGAAGCGGGCUCCCUGCGUUCCACCUAUGCCUUACUGAUUCAGGAUGUGGAGGAUGAGGGCUCUGCUCCACUUGAUCAAUAGACCAGCACCCUGACCUGCCGGCACCCAAUCGUAGACAUUCUAUCCACAGAAUAAUUAAUUUGUUGAAAGUAACACGAUCCUAGCUGAUAAGGCUCCAGUUCAUUUUGAUCUCCUAGGCUAAUAAUGAUAUCAAGCGACAAUGUCCUCUGUAAAGCCAGCUACCACCUCCAUGUUGUUGAAAGACUAGUCCCUAUGUCUUCUCUUGAUAGAUGCUUAGAGGCCUGCUUGGUUGUUGAUAUAGAGAUGAAUAUUUUUUUAAGCAUUUAUUUGGCCUGAUUGCAUUAUGGCAGGUGCUGGUCUAAGUAGUUUGCUAUUCUAGUCAAAGAGGGUCAUUCCUCUGUGGCCUUUUGCCUUUGCCAGUUUUAGUUUUCCUUUGUAUUUGUGAACAUUUUCUCCAGAUCAUUCCUUUCAAGACAAUGUCCUUUCUCUCCUCAGUCCUCUUCUAGCUGUUCAUAACUGUGUGGUUUUCCGUUAGCUGGCGAGAGAGAGCCUGUCAGUUUUUUUUCUUUCUUCAUUUUACAUGUCCCUUCCUGCCAUGGCAUUCAUUAAGAGAUUAGUGACACCCUUGGCGCCUGUGCCUAUCCUAAUCUCUCCCCCUCUCUCUGCACUGCUUCUUAUUAAUGCCGACAAUCUUGUCCACACAGGUAUUUCACUCCAAUGCAAAUGAACACAAACACACACCCGUACAAACACGCACAUUUAAACACAAGCACGCACACACACUCUCACAGGUGUGAAUGCCUUUGCGGUGACUGAUCUGGCCCAAGCUCACGCUGGGCAGAUCCGUGCAGGCUCCUUCAACUGAAGGGAAGUGUCUGUUUUUGGAGUGUUGGUUGCACUCACUGUUUUUCCCACACUCCCCAUACUCACUCCGCUCCUCCCUAGCGGAUGCCCCCUGAGAGAAACCGCAUUGAAAAACAGUCAUAGCUACACACCUCCAGUCUCUGUCACGCCCUGCUCACACCGCCCUGAUCACACCGCCCUGCUCCCCACCACACCACCACAACAGUAGCCUGCCUGCCUUAUUCCUGUGGUUCUCUGGGAUGGAAUUCUACUGCUUGUCGUAUCCUGCUGAGCAUGGGCAGCAGGUAAACAGACACCCAGCACCACCCUAACCCACACCAGACCACCAGCCCGCCUAGGCCACCACCCUGGCCCAUACCAGGCCUCUGAGCCUGUUUACAGAGCGAGCAGCUAUUCACUCUACUCAACCCUACUCACUCAGCACCACGCUGUGCCUUACUACACCACCAUGCCUUUCCUUCUGGCUCCACACUGGCACCAGUUGGUCAUUUAGGCUUUACUACUAGGACACUGAUCAGCAGGGUAUUCAUCCAUUGUAGCGAGAGGGUUAGAUUAGGCUUGAUCGGUUUGCAAUGACUUUAUGACCUCUAUUUUAACUGAACCUCACUAUGUUCUCACGGUCCUUUUUAUAUAUGGCACUAAUGUACUGUAUGUUUGUUCUGUUGGGCUGUGGUGGGGUGAUUAUUCCCUUCAGUGAUACUGUACUGAUGUAGACAUGACUCCCCAGCAGCAAGCCAGUCAGACAGUGCCAUGCUAAAGCCUGAAUGCUGCUCUUUGUUUAAGCACAUAAGUGCCUUCAUGUUAGUGUGUGCAUGUCGGCGUGUUUUUGGGACAAUAAACAAUCAUGUGUAUCUUAGCUUGUCAUUCAACCUCAGCCGUUCAGCCUCUUUUUAUAAACAGACGUGCUUGCUGCCACGUAUUUUUUAUGAAGAGCUCAGUAUUGAUAGUAUAUUUUUAUAUUGUGUAAGCCUCACAGGGGGAUUGUGAGAACCUUCUCAGUUAUGGGUUUCGUGCUCACCCAGAGAGUAUGAAUGGAUCUGGGUGAUGUCAUUUGUUUACAUGCGUUGUUCCACCCUAGCUCAACCCCACACUUCAGAGGGGCAAUACUAACUCACCAGUGGAUAGACAACUAAGAUGGCUGAACUCUCCUGCACCCCGUAACUGAGAGGAUAUAUCAUGAGUACCCAUGUCGGUGUCAGUCACUGACAGGACAUGAAAAGGCCAUAAUGGGACUUAUAAAGUCCAGAUUUCCCAUCAGUUACUAUUUGCAUUCAAAGAAAGUCUGUAAGAGAGGAGUGUUGAAUAUGAUUCAUGCCUUAAGGUCUGUCUACAGCCUCUUGCUUGUAUUGAGUAGUACACUUAUGGUAACUUAUGAUGCAACCCAGCUUGUGUAUCAGAGGACAAUGGUUUAUGACCUGUACUGUAGAGACAAUGAUGUGGGGAAAGGACAGAGUGGAGAUAGUCUUUACAAGAAAAACUGUACAGUAUGAUCAUGAUUUAUUAAAUAUACUGUUACAUUUCUAGAAGAAUUUAAAAAAAUGCUUUUAAAUGUUUCUGAUCAUCUGAAAUUCAGGGGACAUGGUAGUGAAUGUAUGACAUUUUCUUUAGCCUUUUCUGUCUGUUGAUUUUUGUGCCACAGAAAGUCUACACAAUGUAUUGAAAUACCUAAUAAAUUUCAACACAAAAUGGA